AUGUCUUCCUAUAUCAAUUAUUUUGUCCAUCCAACUACUUCUAUGCCAAUCCAAGUUUCCCUUCGAAACUUGCCCGUUUUCGAGUCUUUCUACCCAUCCCUUCUGGAACAAGUCACCGGCUCUGGUAGAUUCUUCUGUCCACACCCUAAAUUUUCAUUCUCUGGAAUGGAAGAGAGUUCAAAGUAUCAGUUGAGUCUCCGAUUUGAUCGUAUGUCGGAUAAUAAAUUCCAAUUCAAGAGCAAUGGUGAGUGGGAGGUGGACGAAACGAAGAGACAGUCAAAGUCUGAAAAGGAAGAUCCUAUUUUCCUUCAUCCCGAUAUCACAACUGGAAGCGAAUUAAUGUCCAGAGAGACUGAAUUCAUCGUUCCGAUCACUCAUAGACCUGAAGUGAAAAAUACGAAGCAUUUAACAUCCAAAGCUGUGGCUCUGGAAACCUGCGUCAAGUACCAACCUGUAUUGAUAGUAGCCAAAAUCCCAGAAAAUGGUCAAAUGGGAAUCAUAUCUCAAGAAUUCAAGUUUGACUGCUUAGCUUUUAUGGCAGUGUGCAGGUAUCGGAACAGUAGAGUAUCCGCUAUCAAAUCAGAACUCAACGGAUACGCUAAAAGUGCGGAUAAACGAAGAAUCUCUAGGAUGAAUAAUAAGGACAAACAACGUACGCCAGCAACCCUUCCGAUGGCAGAAUCUGUGAACCAUGCUCCUCAGCCAUCCACAUUCAACCACGCUCCACUGUUUCAAGCUCAAGCUCCAGGACACCCAUAUCAAAGCCCACACAUUCCAAAUUUCCAAGAACAUUAUCCAUUCCCAUCAAACGAAAACUUUUAUCAUCCAGUUUAUCAUAAUACUUCUUAUUCCUCCGGUGAUGGUUAUCCUCCUGUUUUUGAUCAACUUUAUUUCUGA